AUGGAUAGACGAUCAGUCUACGGUCCUCGUGAUAGUACUGUAUUAUCUCAACAAGCCCAACAUAGGUCUGACGAUAUUCCAGAUGGUGACCUAGACGCCGUACUCAUUUCACGGCGUGCGGAUGGUACCUUUUGGAGCUACUUUAACCAAAAUAAUAUGUCCGAGCGUGUCCAAGAAAUCCUACACCAAAUAGGAUUUUAUGGUGUCUAUAGGUGCGGACGCCUUCAACUAAAUCAACACCUCAUCACUGCAUUAGUGGAGAGGUGGCGAUCGGAGACGCACACCUUCCAUUUCCGUGUAGGGGAAGCCACAAUUACCCUACAAGAUGUACAAAUAAUUUGGGCACUCCCAAUAGACGGCGAGCCGGUGACUGGAAUUGAUUUCGACCGCACAACACAACAAUGGCAAGAAUAUUGCCUGACUUACAUAGGCUUUAGCCCGGAUGCAAAUGUGUUGAAGGGCUCGAGAUUACAAACAUCGGCAAUUACAUCUCAUUUGUCGGCGGUUUUUAUAUCUUAUAAUACUCCCCAGGCUGUCGUCGUCCAGUACGCACGUGCCGUUGCAUUACUUUUAUUUGGGGGAUUGAUGUGCCCAGAUUCCUCAGGUAACUAUGUCUCAUUACUAUAUCUUUCAAAAUUAGAAGAUAUAGAAACCGCGAGGAACUACAGUUGGGGGAGUGCUGUGCUGGCAUUUUUAUAUCGCGAAUUGUGCAAUGCCAGCACAAAAGGCAAAGCGGCAAUUGGUGGAGCGCUGCAAUUGCUACAGAUUUGGGCGUGGUCACGGAUUACGCCACUUUGUCCUGGACUUGGUGCCCAACGACUAUUUAUGGGCCAAGUGCAAAUGGACAAUAAUCGCUGGCUCCCAGCAGCACCAUAUGGUGCUACUUGGAAUUGUCAGCACACUUUCACCACUACAGUUCGGGGAACUGUACGAGUAAUACGAGAAAUUUUGGAUGAGAUGCAGGCGGAUCAGUUCAUAUGGCAGCCGUAUGACAUGGACUCGGAUGUCAUUAUGGCUUACGCCGAUGAACUGAACCCCCAGUUGUGGAGGUCAUCUGUUCCGUUAAUAUUCUACGCAAUAGUUGAAAUGCAUCGUCCCGAACGAGUUGUUCGCCAAUUCGGGAUGAGGCAGAAUGUACCAGAAUCGACGGAUACCCGUGAUAUGAGCCUCCAUCAGAUUUCCCGUAAAAAUCACGCGGGCGCAGAUUGGUCUCUGCAACACAUACAAUACAUCAAUAGAUGGCAAAAACGAUAUGACACGGUUGUACAUAGGCCACUCAUUUCUAAUAGAAGGGAAACAGAACGAGGUUAUUGGGAGUGGUACUACAACAUAACAAGAAAUUUCGUGUCGUCAUCUACUGAUAGACGUGUGGAAAGCGGGUACCAACCUGGAGAAGCACCUAUGUUGCAAGUUGUGGGAUAA